AUGGCCAUGGCGACUCCGAGCGGGAGCGACAUCACGCUCGAGAAGCUUGGGCAGUCGAGUCCCACGGAAGAUGCAAAAGCGCAAAGAAAAACAAAAGCCAAGGGGGAAGAGAAGAAAAGCAGACCGAAGCGGCGCAAGAGAUCCAAUAGCAACGAUGGCGCGACGACAGGCCAAGACGGCACCUCGCGCAAGGAAUCGCUUAGCGGCGCUCUCGCACGCUCGCUCGUGGGCACGCUCGCUUUCGUGUUUCGAGCCCCGGUGAGGCUUUUCAGGCCAGUCAAGCUCAGCAGCUGGUCGUUGCUGGAAACCAUGGCGAAGCGAGAAGGCCGUUCGCUUUCAUUGCGAUAUUUGAGGACGCUCCUUCGGCGGGAGAAGAGGAGCUUCUUACCGCACUUGCUCCUUCCUCCUUUGCUCGUCAACACGACCAUCGGCUUUUGUCUCUUUGAAGCUUACAGUCUGACAGAGUCAAGACUUCUUGGGGAAUACUACCCGGUCGUAGAGCAGGAGCCAUCGUCCCCGACAAGAAAGGCACCCACACCGUCGUUUACUCCUCUCUGGAUCGUCGCCAUAUCUGGAAGCGUUGCAGGGGCUGCACAAUGCAUCGUUUCGGCACCUCUAGACAACGUUCGUAUAAUCUUGUCGUCAGACAUUGGCAAUUCGGGCCGGCACCGCGGGAGUAACAGCAGCAAUGGAGGUGGAAGACUCCGAGGACAUCCAUUAGGCAUCUCAUGGCGCGCCGUCGCAAGAGCAGCGAUCUUACCGUUUGCACCCGCCACUACAAGAGAUAGGCUGGUGCAAGAGGUUAAGCAGAAUGCAUCUUUUCGACCGUCUGCUGCUGGCAGCGGCAGCUCCAAUCCGAUCUGGAGGUCUUUGCUGGGGUUGGCAAGCGGGAACGCAAGCGCGGAAGAAGUGGAGCAGACGAAGAAGGUAUGGGAGAAAAGGCUUGAGCGCUGGCGGGGCGGCGUUCACGGUGCUGGUCUGGUCAUGUCUCUGGCUCGAGACAGCGUCGGAUUUGCAGCCUUCUUCCUUGCGUUUGAGUGCUCCAGAAGGGUUGCAUUCAAAGCUUCACAGGCGACGGAUCGCGCGAUUGCCCUCAUCAACACGUCUGCUAUUUUGCCUCCGAGUAUUCCUGCCCCGCGACCGGACUCUCAGCCUCGAGGCGAUGUCCACAUCGAAUCGUCAACGGAGCAGGAGCGACGAGGAAGUGGUGAUAUCUCAUAUAGCCAGUCACGUACUCGCACCGGAAGAUUUGUGGCUGCAUCUGUUCUCAUUGUUGGUGGGGCGGUCGGUGCUGCCCUGUACGAGCUCGUCGGCCGACCCGCUGAGCUUGCGCGGGUCGUUGUUUGGGAAGGUCGCAAGGCUUGGGAGGAAGGGCGAAGAGGAAAUACAACGAGCAAGACGAAAGCUCACAAAGCCCGAACGACGAUGUUCGCGAACGCAAGAAAAGGACGAAGCGUUGUUCGUGGAGCACGGUUGUCGUCUGGAGUGCCCCCGUCGAGGAAGUUGAGCUCAUUCCUGGAGUUGAGAAGGUCAAACACCCUCGGAGUUGGACAGGGACGUAUCGUGUCGAUGGCCGCCCGUGAUCGACCCCGAGCACCUCACCCUCUGAGGCUGGCGAAGCCUGCAGCGGCUAAGGGCAAGUUGACACCCAAGAAGAAGUUCCUGGGACCCGUGGCAGGUGGGCGAAGGAGGAAAGGGCUCUCUGCUGGCUUCGCUCGAGGUCCUUCGUCUCCACCGCCUCUGAGCACGAGGCCGAGCGCAUACACACUUCUCGUCGAGCACGCCCAGAGGACAUCAAUACUCCGACAUACAUCAAGCAACCCUCGGGCCCCUCUGACACCCGUGCCCACGCCUAUCCUCCUGCUUCACACCUACUUUAUCGCACCUUUUACGUCACGACCCACCUCAGUCCCUUUUCAUUCAACCCGUGCCGGGCCGUCAUCGACGAUGCGGCCAGAAUCGCAACUCCGUAAAAAGUGGACACUGAAGAAUCCCGUCUCGGCAGGCCCCGGAAGCCUCAAGAGCGUCUCGUCGGCCCAGAGUUGGGGGAGCGGGAGGGUGGCUUGGGCUCUGCGGAGAUUGGCCACCCCGUACGGUUUAGGCUUCUUGACGUACGCUUGGAUGAGCGGCGAUAUCUGA